UAGCGUGUCAACGUGUUUAUGUGUGGGUACAUGGAUACUUGGAUAGGUUGCUGAGGCUCCCUUCUCUUUAUUUGUGGUGGGUGGAUAUCAGGGUUUCUUCCACAUCAAAUUAUCAAAACCAAAAACACUCGUCAACGAACAGCUCUCAUCUUCAUACCCUCAGAUUCACACAUACAUACGCGAUAACCUCUCCAAAAUCAUCUCCAUACUUCUUAUCAGUCACUGUCUCUGCUUUUCGUUUAACAAUUUUCACAUAUUCUGUUUAGAUUUAUCUAACUUCCAUCGUCAAUGGAUCGUUUGUGUAUGAUUUCGUCGAUCCUCGAGCUUCGCAAAGGAUUUGGGUAAUGCUGGUUGCAACUGGGAGGUUCUUUCAUAUGCUGUUAAACUAACUUUAUUUUCUUGCCACAAAGAAUAAUGAGCCUACUCAAUAAAGGGGCUUCUGCCAUUGAUAAAAACCUUAGCACAACAGGGAAGGCAAAAACUUUAAAUCCAGAUGCUGCAGAAUUCGUUCCAUUUUCUCUAAGAUCACCAUCUGGAAACACACGUUCUUCAGACACAUCUAAUUUUGGCAAUUUUAGUGCUUCAACGCCAGGGAAAUCAAUACUCAAAAGAUCAGAAUCUUCUGUAUCAAAUAAUUCAGAUGAUGAAGCCCACCAGUUCUGGCGUCACCAACUACCUGAUGAUAUAACUCCUGAUUUCCAUGUUGUGGGAGGAGAAGAAGAAUCUAAUGGAAAUGGAAGCAAUAGCAUUUCCAUUUCCAUUCCCUUUUCAACUUUGUCUAUAAUGGAUGUCAAUGGAAGCUCAAGGUUCCCUGAGCAACAUGAAUUAUCUCCUCAUCAAAUGAAUGGUGGCAGGUUUGGUAAUUUUCAUCAAAUGCAUGGUGAUCAGUUGCUUGGUGGGAUUAUAGAUGAGCCACUGCCACCCUACAAUGGUGAUAAUGGGCAAGGGUAUUUAGAUGAUAUGCUUAAUGAGGGUACAGAAGUAAAUUCUCUUGGAUUUUUAGCUUCCCAAUUUCCAGGUUUUGCAGCUGAAAGUCUUGCGGAGGUUUAUUAUGCUAAUGGAUGUGACUUGAAUUUGACAAUUGAGAUGCUGACUCAGCUUGAGCUUCAAGUAGAUAAUGGUCUGAAUCAGAAUCCAAACUCCAAAGUCUUAUCAUCACCAAAUCUGAGUGCUCUUGAUUUCCCUGCACUUUCUCCCACAAAUAAUCAUCACAUUGCACCAUUUUCUGGUCAACAAAAUGUCAACUCUUAUCUUUCUUUAGAGAAAGAUCUACUCAUGUUCAAAUCAUCCUCCACUUCUCCAUCACUUGGAGCAACCGAUUUUGCUUCAGCAGUUAGGAAAAUGGCAUCACAGGAUUCGAGUAUAUGGAAGUAUGAUAGAAACCCUUCUCCAAAUUCCACCAUUGGAUCAAGUAGAAGCUCUUAUUCCAGUGGUUAUGGGCCCCGUUCGGCUCCUGUUUGGCUUGAAACUGGUGAUGCAGUUGCAAAUAUGUAUUCUGAAAUGCGGGGUGAAGCUCGUGAUCAUGCACGUUUACGCAAUGCAUAUUUUGAACAGGCACGACAAGCUUAUCUUAUUGGCCAAAAGGCUUUAGCUAAGGAACUGAGUGUGAAAGGGCAAUUACACAACAUCCAAAUGAAAGCUGCUCAUGGAAAGGCUCAAGAAUCUAUCUACUAUCAAAGGAAUCCGGUAAGUCCAGAAAUGCAAGGGAAUGGAAGAGGAGGGCAGGAAAGGAUAAUUGAUCUUCACGGGCUACACGUGAGUGAAGCCAUUCACGUCCUGAAACGUGAUCUGAUGACGUGGCGUAACAUUGCCAGGUCAGCAGACCAGCGUGUCCAGGUGUACAUAUGUGUGGGGACAGGCCACCACACUAAAGGGACAAGAACGCCAGCUAGACUUCCGGUUGCUGUCCAGAGGUACUUGCUGGAGGAAGAGGGGCUUCACUACUCUGAACCCCAACCAGGGUUGCUCAGGGUUGUCUUGUAUUGAUUGCUUCAUUGAUUCAUCAGUUUUUGAAACCCUAAAAAAAGGGUUUAAAAACUCAUGUUAUUCUUGUAUGUAUGUAUGUAUGUGUACAUGGAAAAAAGAUUAGGAAAAAACUGGAAGUAAGGAGAGAGAGAUUAGGAAAAAGGAAAGAAAAAUGUAUCUGUGUAUUAUAUAAAAGGUGUAAUCAUGGGAUAUACAACUAUGUUUUGGUAGGGAUUUUUGAUUGGAGAUUUAGUGUAAAACAAAGAGAGUUGUUUGAAA